AUGCGGGCUUGCUCUUUCUGCACCAUUAUCGUCGCCGGAAGCACUUUCACGGCUGGUGCCCCGCUGGUGACUCCGGCUACUCGGUAUCAGGACUCAAACGUUGGGCAGAAUCAUCAUGGGAAUGAAUGGAUGCCUUCGACCCAGCCCAAUCAUCUCCAAAAACGACUCUUCUCCUGGAAAGGCUCAAGCUCCACUCCAUCUGAACUUGAUAGCGCCAUCACCAUGACAUCAACAUCAGAUCUAACAAAAGCAAGUGGAGCAUCGGCAACUGAGCUCUUAGCCGCAUCCCAGCCAUCGAGCAAGCCCUCACAGUCAAACCUUUCUUCACCACGAUCAAUAACAAAUCUUUUCCUGUCUGGUUCGAAAGAGCUCCCUUCGAUUCAGAAGCCGGCGGCGGACAAUCACCCACGCGAGCUCCAUUUCCAGCCAAACGACCCACCGCCCAACUCCGAGACCAAUCUAGCUUUCUCAGAAAACAAGUCUAUAAAAUCCCAGCCGACAAAAUCCCUCAGCUCCGAAGCCUUGCAGCAGCCAGAGUCGACAACCCCGUUUCAUGAAAAAUCUGGAGGAAAUGGCGCAAUAUCUUCUCCAACCCCGGGGGCCGAACCAACUGAAAAAGCUCACAAGUGGGUGGAAAAAUUUCGAGAGUUCUGGGACAAGAUUGUGCAAAAGAUCAAGCAGCUUUUCCGCUCAUCAAAAAAGAAUGAAUCAGAAGAAAGAAGCCUGCAGACAACAGGAACUACACCCGAUCAUGUUACCAGCCAGAUUCCUACUACAAGCACAUCUCAUCAAAUCUCAGAACAUGCACACACACGCGCGCAACCUUCAGUGCAGAAUACAGAUUCAGAAUUAACUGAGACGUCGCAAACUCACGACUCGACUCCUUCAUCGCUAUUAAGCUUUAACUCUUUUCAACGACUAAUGGCCAUCUCCCACUUUGUCCCUAGCUUCGUGAACGAUUAUUUGCCAACACAGUGGUUCAUUAAACUUCUUAGCCUGUUGCGCAAAGAAAAUCCUUCUCCAAGAGCGCAAUCCUUUCUUUUGGAUAAGCACUCCUCUUCAGCUUCACCUACAUAUCUCUCGUUGCCAAAUUCGGAUGAGUCCAGUUACGCUGGCCAGCUUCAAACUCUUCCGGAACAAACUACAAGUUUGGCGGGAGCCCUGGAUAAAAUGAAGGACUUCAUUCCAACGACACAUGAAGGCCAACUGGUAGCUGCCGCGCUUCAACAGAUCAAUACCAAGGAGCUUGCCGAGUGCAUCCACCAAGUUUUUAGAACAUCGGAUAUUCAGCUAAGACUUUUCGCACAAUUCGUAUCUGUUAAAACAAUCGAGGAAAUCCUUCUCGCUUAUGGUGGCAAGACUGGCGAAAAGGUGGAGGAUCUGUUGGUUGAACAACAGAUACAUCCUACCAUUCUCGGAUAUCUGACCACAAUCAUUAAAAACUGGCCGCCGAGGAAUGCAUCACAGAAGCAACUCCAUGUCAAAAAUGCUUCUCAAAAUAAAUAGAUGGUUCCAAAUAGUAAAUGUUCGCCUGAAUGCUACAGCAAAAUUUCGAGUAAUCUUCAAGGCCCAAAGAGUGUUGGACAGUGGCUUAGCAAAUUUAUUUUUCUUCCAUGUAAUUCAUUCCAAAAUUCCACCUGUCUAUAGCGAAAAGAAGGGCAUCAAUUGCGAACGGGAAGAGCGGCAAAUGUCAGCAAGUUGCAGUCGUAUGUGGGCAGUAUUGAGAAGGGACAUAAAUCCAAACCUCCCAUCACAGAACAUUCCCGCUUCCUACAAUCUGCGCGCUUGCGUUAUUUUCACGUUACUUCCGCUUUUCAAAGGCUAAGCCUAUUUAAUCAGUUCAUCAAUAAAUAAAUGUGCCGUAAAACACACUUCAUAUCAAAAAUGAACUCAAGUCCUCUGUUUUCUACCAAAUCCCGUGCUUCCGAGACUACAUUCUGUGAGCCUUCUGCGUGUUCUGGGUCUUGUGACCGGAAAGUUGAUAACUUGCUUAUGAGAGUACUAAACGGUUUUUAGUUUUGGGUCUGCGUAAUAUUUUCUAUACAUAUUAAAUCAAAAUUAGGGCUCAAGCACAUUAUCUUUGUUCUAAUCAAUCUCUCAAUAGAUAUUAGCACGUAAAAUAUAAUUGCUAGGAUUGAGUGCAUAGUACUGCUUGGGUUAUGUUGAGCUUGUAAUUCUCCAAUAAAAAUGGGUGUAGGAUAGUAGGCUAGAUAAUGCCUGAACUUGAAGGGAAGGUUUUAUACCUUUCACAAUCAAGUUUCAUGAUUUUCAUGAAAUCAGAUGGAUCAUUGGUUUUGGCACAAUCUAAGCU